UCAGUGGUUGAGGGUUCAGUUAACAUUAGUUGCUGUCUUAACUAACCUGCUUUCCUAACUACGUUUUGAUAACAACAACGACCUAGCUAAGCUAACCUACCUAAGCUAACUAACGCUAGUUAAGUUAUCCAAGUCUUUUAACCUAACCUUCUUGGUUAUAGUCAUAAUUACUAGAGUUAUCUAAGAUAGCUAACGCUUUAAUUUACGGAACAGCUAACUAGCUAAGCUCAGAUAGUAUUAAAGAACGAGAAAAUAUCUUUGCUAGCUAACGUUACUGACAAGUCCUUGGAAAAGGGCACAUAGCGUUAGCUUACUUUCAAAGUUUAGUUACCUUCGAAACAUUUUUGGAUUUUUAAAACCUGUUAGCGAGUCAAUAAAAAACACAAGUUAGAAACAGAUUUAUCAACGACUCGCAUUUUAUGCACUGUGGCAAAUAAUGGCUAUCGAGUGAUAGUUCGCUCGAGCCUGAGUCAUAGUCACGUAGAUAAACAUGUAAAUAAUCGCUGAGUUGUACGAAAACGCACAGGUCAUUUUUCUGUUUAUGACUUUUUCUUUGUGCUGGUCUCAACCCCAUCUCCCAUGGCUUCACUCUUAAUUUGGAUACGGGCCUUUUUUGCAUGACUGUAAACUCACUUUACGUGGACAUACUGAUAACCAGUAGUUACUUCUGUGGUAUUUUACAAAGCAGGAUUUAUCUGUUACUUUAAGACAACAGCGAAAACAGACCAGUUAGAAAUUGUUCUUACAGGUUUUAGAGAAGGAACAAAUACUGUUACAUUUGCCCUAGACUUUUUGGUUUACACUUGUCUAAAUAUAUGUAUUUAAUGAAAGUAAGGAGAUACCAUAAUAAAGAGACCAUGAGGAUCUUAGGGCCCUAAUUUUAUGUAUUACUAUUUCCUCUAGGGCUUGUAUUAGGCAUUGAAUUCUGACUUAACAGUACCAUGGAGGAUGACUUCAGUCAGUCCCUCACUCCGCCCGUGUCUCCCUUUAUGGUGGAAGAACUCUGUGAGCCAGCUCCCGCCUGGCCCCCCUGCUUUUCUUGUGCGUUUGAACCGGGAAGAGAGGAGUCGUGUUCGCUGUCGUCUGAAGGCUACAUCGGCCGGGGUACACUGAAGAGAUUGCUGUUAAAAUUGGACCCAGCUCCUGCAGAUUUUGAAGCAGAUACUGUAGAUAUUUUUGGCUUCCCUUGGGUGACUGAAACAGCAUUGGUGGAGUCUCCCAAACUUCUGUUUGGCUUGUUCAGGCAAAAAGUAUUCAGCUUGGAAGCAAUGGUGCAGUCCAGCUCACAAGGUUUUGGUCAUGCAAGCAGCCUUCAUUAUGAAGCCGAAGAGCUGCGACACCAGUGCACACUCUUCCUCACAUACGUUAAGGUCUUCAUCCACAGGUUCCUGGAGGCUCCCUUGGCACUGGAGGAAGGCCUGGCUCACCCGUUUGCAAGGCUGGAGGCCCAGCUACCAUCCACGCUGGUGGAGGAGCUGUUCAGCAUCACGCUGCUGAUGGGCCGCCUCAGAGACUUGCCUGCCAAUGUCCAGAGCACCUUCACCAUCCAGCACCCUGGGAAGCUACUCCCUCCAUCCUGGCAUUUACUGCACCUGUACCUGGACGUGCACUGGGUUGUGCUGGAGAUCCUGCAGCUCUUGGGUCAGAAGCUAAUGGGUCAGGUUGUGUACGCCCACCAGUUUGUGGAUUUAACAGGAGAAACCCUCACCAACAUCAGCCUGUUUGAGGACCACCUCAACAACCUGCUGAGUGACCUCAUAAGCCUGUCUAUGAGCAAGUAUGGCAAGGUGAGAGCAACAGAGGCACUGAGCACCAAUCACUAUCACUGUGUCUGUACCAAAGAGCUAUGGAUCCUCCUUAUCCACCUCCUGGAACACAGGAGCAAAACCAUACACACACAGUCAUUUUGGGCCUAUGUAAAUACACUGCUGCAGUCGGUCCUGAAGGGGGUGCAAGUGGGUGGGCGGGAUCUGCGGCUCCCAGCACACUGUAAGGAUGUGCUGGGCUUCGCCUGGUGGCUGCUCACACACCUCGCACAGCUGGGCAUGUACAGCUGCAACGGGACCCUUCACAACGAGAAACAGCUGGAGGAUAAUUGGAGCUUUGUGUCUGAGCUGCUGAAAUCCAGCUGUGAUGUGAAGGCCGGGGUACAGGAGGACCAGAUCCGGAUGCAUGUGCAUUGCUGUCUCAGUCUCAGUCUCAUGUGGGAGUCUAAUGUCAGUGUUGUAACCACUCUCUGGGAAUACUUCAGCAAGAAUCUGAGUGGAUCAUUCUCUGUGCCCUGGUUGGGCAUGUCCGGAUUGGCCAAUGUUAGUCCCUCCCCACUCAUCCUCCUGGAACAAGCAAAGAGCUGCAGUAGCCCCGCCCCUCUGACGUCCACCAGCCAUGCCCAGCUGUACCUCUCUGCCAACUCUUUCCUCAUCUUCCUGCGCAUGCUGGCGUUGCAUUUGAGCCACGAAAGCGCCCCUGGCGCCCCCUGGAGGCAGAUCAAGGGAAGGAUCUACGCCAAAUUUCACGCACGGCGCAUGGCCGAACUGUCGGAGUCUGGCUUGCAUCACUUCCUGCUGCUCUUCCUGGUGCUGGCUUGCUGUGCGGACCUGGAGGAUGUGGCAGGGCGUGCUUGUGACCUGUUGGCGCUGCUGCCGCCUGGGGCGACGGCGCCCACGAUCUGUGCUCUGCAGUGGCGUGGGCAGUUGUCCCUGACACUGCUUUACGUGGAGCGGGCGCUGGACGUGGGUGCCCUUGCCACUCGCCUCUCCUCCUCGUUCGAAAAGGCCGCACGGGAGUUCUACCUGAAGACGACGGAGGUGGCGCGCAGGGCCGCUCUGUGGCCGCUGCUUGCCUCCUACCUGGGGGGCGUGAGCGAGGUGUGGGAGACCAGCGCCACCUUGUGCUUGUCUGAGGAGAAGCUCCUUGGCGAAGGCUUCAGCCUCCUGUUGCCUGCGUGCCGGCCGGCCGAGCUUAGCACUGCACUGAGCUUCCUGCAGACUGCACUCGCACAGCUACGGAGGGUACAGCGGCUCUGUCACCAGCACGGCUGCCCUGCAGACUCUUCUAGCUGGGCUCCUCCUCCAAGCGUGGCUAAAGAGCGCCACCUAGCGGUGGCCACAGCACUCUGGACCCAUUUCUUCCCUUUCCUGCGUAGUCUCAGGCUUUCGCAGACUCCCCCGGCACAGCUGGCCGACGCUGGCGCAGGUUUCACCCUGCUAGCCUUAGACAUGCCAAGCUCCACCCCUCAGGACCUUCAGCCCCAUCCAGUCCAGUCCAUAAUGCAGGGCUUCGGCUGGGAUGAGAUGCUCUGCCCUCUGUUGGUGACACGGUACCUCAACCAUCUGCUGCAGAAUGGUGAGCUGGUGGGCUGGAUGAGUUCUGGUUCUGGUGCUGGUUCGGCCCAGGCACUGUGUGUGAGAGCCUGGAUCCGCUCUGUUCUACAGCAGCACCUGCACAAGAGCCCUGAUGCUCCCAGCAGCAGAACAGGCAGAACUCUAGAUGAGCAGUUGGCUGAAAUGACCAGGCUGGUGCUUCGCCUACCAGAGGUAGAGUCUCUACUUCAGAGAGCGGGUCUGCAGCCCGGCUCAGCCAGGCUAGAGGCCAAACCUGCACUGGCACUGUUUAUUAAGUCUGUAGGCCGGGUCUACUCUGGGAUGCAGGCGUUGUCUGAGAGAUCAUCCCUGGUAUGUCGAGCACUGGAGUAUGUAGGUGAUAUCCUGAAAUAUCUCAAACCCUACCUGCUGAACAGGAGCACAGAGGGCUUGCAACUUGCCUACUGGGCACUGGGCUGCAUGGUGAAGCUGUGGAGCCCCCUGCUGGCCACGGCAAAGGCACUGCCGCUGCUUCUGCGCAUUGUGGACGUGCUGCUGCUGCCUCAUUCGCUACUGCAGCAGGACAAGAGCCCGCCCACUCAGGUGCUCUCUGCCCUCCGGGACACGCUACCACUCUACCUGCAGGGUCUUUCAGUGGCAGCAGGCAUGUCUCAAACACAGGGGGCUUACCUAAAACAGCAGUUACGCAAUGUUAUCACCCAAUAUCUGAGUCGUUUUCUCCCGGCCACACCUUCUGCUGGAGCAGUGGCCAAUCACCCUGUGCUUCUAGCUGGCUGUGAGUCAGUGCCCAGCCCCCAAGGGGCAAGGCUAAGGAGGAACAUCCUAGAGGUGCUGAGGGAAAACUUUCUCCAGUUUAAAGGCCAUGCUCCUCCUCCUCGACUGGCAGCAGUCCUGUCCUUCCUAUUGGAGCUUUUGAGACGAAAUAAUGACACUGAUCCCACCCUCCUUACUGUGCCCCUCCCAUCUGUGCUGCGCUGCCUGAUGCUCAUCAACGAACCCCAGGUGAAGAGGUUGAGUGCAGAUUGUCUGCAGCUAAUUGUGGAAAGAUGCUCAUCUGCUGCAACACAGGGGCCAUGUGAACACACCCUCGCCAUCCUCCGGACCUUUGUGGAGGAGAAUGAGGGUGUAUAUGAUUUGCAGGUGUACACUGUUCUAGAGACAGUAGCAAUCCUUAGUCCGUCCACUGUGGUGAGUCUCAUUCCUGUUCUGUCCCGGAGUCUGCGCAACACAGAGCAGAAGAGAGGCCUUGGGAGAAACACCUUACUCAGGAACGGAUACCGAGCUGUGCUGGCUCUGUUGGGAGAGGCUGGCCAGACUGAGAUGGUUGAUCUGGAGGACUGACCACUCACACCUCUGGGGAACCACAGGCUUCUGGAAUCACAGCACUCCUACAUGUAAAUUCUAUACAUGGUGUAUUCAUUGUGUGUCUUAUCUUUGUAUUGCAUUAUGGCUCUCAAUAAAUACUGAUAUGAAUGUGA